AUGGGAGAUAGCAGUCCUCAGAUUCAAGAUAAUCUGGUAGAAAUGCCUAAAGAAUAUGAAGAUGUUAUGGAAACACCAGAUGUUCAUAGAGUGGCAAUGAAAAUCCAGAGGGCUGAUGAGAAUUAUGAAAAAUAUGCAGCGAAGCAUGAAGAGAAGCCAGGCAAGGGUGAAGUUCUGUGUUGGUAUUUGUAUGGACUGUGUUCGUUUUUUGUUCAUACGGUUCUGAUUCCGAUUGAGUUCCCCCUCAUCAUCAGCCAAACUGUGUCCUUGCCGCAUGCGCCUCAACAAGGUUGGUUAAAGAGCUACAGGGAUUUGAAGUGCGGGAAGAAUGAAAUGCAACUGUAA